UUGCUGCCGUGCAGCAUCGCGUCACGACACCGACAAUGCUGGCCCUUCGUCCGAUGUUACGGGCGGGUGUUGCUGGCAUGUCCAAGCACCACGUGCGUCUUCUUAUCGGUGGAUCAGCCAUCUUGACGUACUCCAUUCACAGCUCGCCAUCGCGUUCUCUCAUCAUGGUCAACAGCGAAAACAGGCGAUCGUCGUCGGAGCAGGCGACGACCAUCAAGUUCUCUGGUGGCGAUUCCAACAUCGUUUCCGUGACGAUGGUUCGAUCGUCCUGUCUACACCUUGUUCACAAGCUCAUGCGUAUGUAGGUGCGCAAGUCGCUGUGGCAGCGCAUCGCGAGCAUCCUGCGCCUCUUGUACCAUUGUGGUCGACUGGUCCUCCUUGGCAUGCCGCUGCUUGUGACGUACCCCGUCGCCCGCAUCGCGGACAGGGAUGUCGCGCAUUGGUGGUGGCACCUGGCGCUGACCACUGGCAAGCAUUCGAGUCCCGCGAUCAUCAAGUUCCUGCAAUGGGCCAGCACCCGCCGCGAUAUGUUUUCCCCUCGCUUCUGCAACACCUUCCAGCAAUUCCACGCCAACUGCGAAGUCCAUUCGUGGAGCCACACGCUCGAGCGAUUGGUCGACGCGUUCGGCCCUUCGUGGUCGACACACAUGCAGUUGGACCCUGACCCCAUCGGGUCGGGCGUGAUCGCCCAGGUGUACCAAGGGCGGUGGAUAGCUACGAACGAAAAGAUCGCCGUCAAAGUGAUUCACCCGUCAGUUCAAGAGUCAGUGGCUUUGGAUUUGGACCUCCUUUGGGUCGUCGCGGGCUGGGUCGACUACUUUCUUCCGAACCUGUCGGCCAGGGUGGGGAUGGCGUCGUUCGCCGAGGUGAUGACAAGUCAGCUCGACCUUCGGGUGGAAGCAGCCAACCUGUUGCGAUUUCAAAGCAACUUUGCGACAACUCCAAACGUGACCUUCCCCACGCCCAUGCCCGAAUUCGUCACAUCGUCGGUGUUGGUGGAGAGCUUUGUGGACGGCGAGCACAUCAACACUGCCGUCGACGCGUCUUCGGCCACCUGCGACCGACGGCAGCUGGCGGCCACAACCGUCGACACGUUCCUUCGCAUGCUCUUCCUGCACAACUUUGCCCACGGAGACAUCCAUCCUGGCAACAUCCUCGUGACUCGGAAUGGCGCCGCCGGCAUUGCGUUGCUGGAUGCUGGCAUUGUGAAUACGCUCAGGCCGACCGAUUUCGACGACUUUGUCGAGCUGUUUCACCAUAUUGCGUCCAAGGACGGCGUUGCGGCCGGCAAAAUGCUGCUCGAGAAGAGUCCGCGCCACCACUGCACCGACCAACCCGCGUUUACGUCGGCGAUCGCGGCCAUUGUGGACCGAGCCACGAAAAACUUGAGUCUCCGCGAGGUGCCCGUGGGCGAAUUACUCCAAGACGUGUUGGAGGUGUGCCAACGCCACCACGUGGCGCUGCAAGGCCGCUUUGUGUCGGUGGUGGUGUCGAUUGGGGUGUUGGAAGGCGUCGGGCGGCUGUUGGACCCCGAGCUCGACAUUUUGAAGAUCGCGUUGCCCAUCUUGAUCCAAGCCAAGUUCCAGCAGCGGCUACAGUAAGGUUAAUACUACUGUAGCAGUACAGUGCAGGCCUCAUAACAGGUGCGAAAUCCCAGUUUUAACAAAAAUAAGCUAAAAUUGGGAUUUCGCCGAAAAAACUCACUAUUUCUGGGA